GUGGAAUCUUAUUUUUAUAUUGAUUCUGAAUGACAUCAAUGAGAUCGUAUCUUGAAAGAUAGAGAACUCGAAAGAAACACUGACACGUAACUACGACUCAGUGGAUCCAGCAAGAGCAAUCUGUUCCCCCGCCUAUUUCACCAAGUAGACAGACCUCAUGUUCAAACGAUCCGUCUCCUGCCUCUUGGCAUCGCGUCCAUCUUGCCUCUGCCGAUUCCCAUCGCAGCCCUCACGGCUUCUCUCGUCAACGACCUACAGAAUGAGUGUUCCAUCGCCUCAACCCACCACCACCACCUCCUCCUCCUCCUCCUCGGCCCUGACGGCCCUCUUCACAGACCUGGAGACGCGUUUCCAGUCAACCACCCUCGACCCUCACCGGUGGUACAUCCUGGCGAUGGCCACGCUGGUGGCGAGUCCCGACCCAGAAACCGCCCAACAGCUAUACCUACACCUCAUCCAACAAGCAGAGUACACAAGCAGUGGCUCGCGACAGGCGCUGGUCCGCCGCCUGCGCGAGACCCUCGUCAAAUGCGUCCCCAUCGUCGGCGUCUGCAAGCCGCUCGAGGCCAUCCUCGCCAUCGGAGCCGUCGAACGUGACGAGGAUAAAGACUACACCUCCACCCGGCCCGGGUGGCAGUGCGACCAGGCGAACCAUGACCGCGGGGCGGACUGGCUGGGGAAAAUCUACACGCGUAACCUGGAGGGCACCAUGGACCUCUUCGCCGCCCAUAAGGAUUUCGCCUGGAUCUCCCACGAGAUCACCUACGGUUUGUACCUGUCCGACCGCCAGGUGCUGGACGAUCUCGACACCCAGCUCGUCGUCCUGCCGGCCAUCAUGAGCCAGAACCUCCGCAAGGAGACCCAUUGGCAUAUCCGCGGGACCCGUAGGAUCGGCGUCUCCCAGGCGGACGUCCAGAUCAUCUGUGACUGUGUGCGUCGUGUCGCGGGCCAUUUCGGUGUCGUCCUCGAUAGGGUGCCUUCGGUCGAGGAGGUGGAGGGGGAUGUUUAACUAAUACGUAUACGUAGUAAAUAGAUUUGAUAGAAUAGACCGAAAAUACACUACACAGAC